GGCUCUGAAGACCUCGAGACGGGCAGUGGCUCCUGAACAUCCCGUUGCUUCAGAGGCAUGGCAGCGAUGCCUAAGCGAUGGGCCUGGAGUUUCUUGAAGGAAGGCAUCAAGUUCCGCGCUGGACGACUCUACGAGACCUUUUGGAACUCGCAGUCCAACGUGAAGUACACUGUCAUUUUCCUGUAUCCGGGAGCGCUUUUCUGGGUCCGAUGGCGUGCAGAGACGCAGUACAAGUACAAUGUCUUCAUCGCUGACAAGCAGGUGGAGCCCGACACAACUCAGAACCUUUUCUCCAGCUGGAAGAAUGGUUCGGCCUUCUACUUCCCAGCUAUGGCAACGGUGCAGGACUUGAAGCAAAGUGUCUACGGUGAGGCAUCCAAGGUGCCUCCUGCUGUCCGUGCUGGAUGCCAUGGACGAAUGAUGGAGGAUACUGACAACUUGGCGUUGGCGGUCCGCACUUUCUGCAAGCGAGAUCCUAAGAUUGUCCUUUGGGAGGAGGAGACCGAGAAGGUGGCAGCUUGAGGCUAAGCUUGAGGAAAUGAGAUCGCCAAGGAUGAAUUCCUCAGGGGCACAGCAACGGAGCCUUGCGAAGCCUCUGACAACUUGAUUUUGAUUUAAGGGAU